AUGUUGAUAAAAAAUAAUGAUUUUAAUGAUUUGGAUCCGCAAAGAGAACCACUAGAGGAAGAACUUGAAGAAAUUAAAGAAUAUCAUUUCCAUGUAUAUUUCUUUCAGGAUAAUAAAAAGUCUUGUGAAGCUGCAGUUGCUUUACGAGAAAAGAUUCUUGAAUUAAUUAAGAAAGGGUUCUUUCAUCCUGUUCCUUAUGAAAUAGUUAAUCAUGAACCCAGGGGACCUCAUACGAUA